CACACCCCCCUUUCCCCUCGCCGCCCCCACUUUUUUUCUCCCACUCCGCCCCCGAUUCUCCCCAAUCCCCUCUCGCCGCCGCCAGGAGGCAGCACCGGAAUCGCGGCGACCGAAGAUCCCCUCCGACCCGCGCCAAGGAAUCCCGCCGAUCCGCUCGCGCCUCCCGGAUGGCCCUGCACCAGCACCACGCGGGGUCGGCGUCCGGGUCGGCGUCGGCGUCCAGCUCCAGCUCGGGGCUGCACCUGCCGGCCUCGCCCUUCGGGGACACCACCCACACCAAGCUCUUCGUCGGGGGCCUCGCCUGGGAGACCACCAGCGAGAGGCUCCGCCGCUUCUACGAGCGCUUCGGGGACAUCCUCGAGGCCGUCGUCAUCACCGACCGCCACUCCGGCCGCUCCAAAGGAUACGGCUUCGUGACGUUCCGCGAUGCUGAGGCGGCCACCAAGGCCUGCGAGGAACCGUCGCCGGUCAUCGAUGGCAGGCGGGCCAACUGUAACCUGGCGUCGCUAGGGCGUGCCCAGCCUUCCACACCCCUCGGGCGGCCAAGAUCAGCUGGCUCCUACUUUGGUGUUCCCGUUCCAAGGGGCAUUUAUGUAGGGGGUUAUGGUCAGCAACGACCACUUCCGAUUGGAUACUACCAGUACCAGGGAUUCCCGGUUCCACAAUACAGUUACUCCACAUAUGGGACUGAAUACAUCUAUCCACAGGUUAAAGGUACAUUAAACCCAUAUGUUGGUCAGCAAUAUGUUCCAGUUUAUGGUGUCUCAGCUGCAGCAAAUACUGCUAACCAACCAUUUAGCCAAUUGAGCCCAUCCAUUUCUGGUGGGGGCAACGGCUAUCCGAUGAUGCAUGGUUACAGUAUGCCAGGAAAUCAAUUUGUGCAUCUCACUGGGUCAAACUUAAUUAAUUCAUCCCCAACAAAUCGUCCCACCAUUCAGGCUCCCUUUUUAGUAGCACCAGUUCCCUCCCAUCCACACUUAGUUGUACCAGCCCACUCACCUCAGUUUACACAAGCUAGUGGUUCAGACUAAAGAGCAAGCUGAACUGUGCACCCCCAACCAUUUAUACCUUGAGGUAACUUUAGUUUGCAGCAGGACUAAAAGAACAGUGCUGCUGUAUUUGCAGCACUUGUUCUUACCUGGAAAAAAUCAUCCUUGUAUUCAUAAGGUUGUCCUUAUCAUGGUCGACAUAUGUACCUGGAGAUCAUGAACUGUUCCGGUGGAUGGGGCAGUAUCUCAAGAGCGACGGCUGCUCUUAUCAGUUUGGCUUGGUUCAAAUCCUGUCCUGGUGGGGGAUUGUGAUCGUCGAUGUUUAGAUACAGCAUUAUUAUUGAUUCUGUAUCUGACAAGUCAUGGAUAUAUGGUGGAUGCUGGAAUGGAGUCCAGCACUCUGUAAGGUUGACUAAUCCAAGGGGAUUAGUCAUGAUGGCACUCUUAAGAAUCAGGGAUGAGUCACGAUUUGAUGGCACUGAGAUGAGCAUCCAUCUGAAGAGUCACCAAGUUAGUGUGCUUUAGUGUCGCAUAGUUUGAGUCUUGCACAAGCAAAAGUCAGUGUCAUGAUCUAUCACUCUGGUUUCGCACUAGGCCUAUUGAUAGCCACAUUAUGGAUUUACGAUGCUCCGCUCGAGUGUAAGCAGGAUGUUCAGUUUGCCCAAAGGGUGGCCGGAGAUGGUCCUGCGUCUGCACCAACUUCCCAUUAGAGCUUCUCUGCGUUAUUACACAACUGGUGAUCAGAUCAAGCUCUAUUUUGAUCCGUGUUUACAGUUGGUGUUGGUUCCAGAACCGUUGUGGUUUUGUAAUAUGUCUCAGAAGUUCUAAUUUACAUUCAUGAUGCUCUGAGCUUGGUAGUUCCAAGAUCAGAGUCUUGUUGUACUUGAAUAAUAAUAAAUCCAUCUGCUGCGAGUCCAGUGAUGCGGUGCCUCUCAUCAUGGAUUUUCAUGAACUUGGUGGCGUGAAAAGAUGUACUGGUGGUACAAUUGAGCUGUGUGUUAACUCAAGAAAAAUAGUUUGUGAACAA